GAAAGACGACAGUCCAGCUCACUUCCCCCUUAAAUUUAAAUCAUGCAACACCCAACUCUCUCAAACAAGUUAGAAAGAAAGACAGCAACUCAUACUAGAUCAGUGACUGUCUGAAAGCAGAACUAGCUGCACCGGUGCCAAGGAGAACAUGAAGAUCUAAAUAGCUGGCGGAAUCAGGUAGGAACUUCCCAAGUCUUGCUUGUGUUGUGUGUAUUUAUAGGAUCCUAUAAAUAUUCCUGGGAAUAAUUUCCCACCGUGCAAUUUAAAAAUUGUAGGCAGUAUGUAAUGGGAUUUUUACGUCACAUUUUGCUCACUGUGGUUGGAGUGAGAGAAAUGAGCCACUGUUGCAAUCUAACCCCAGCCAGCAUCAACUUUAUAGGCUUUCAUAUAGGAGGGGGCCACAUAGCUCUGGAGUAAGUAGGUCAGGGGAGAUAAAUUCAAUUUGGUUUUCAUUUGGAGGGAAAUGAGGUUAGCAACCCUAAGAGCAUUGGUCUAAUGUGGAAGGAAGAUCAAAGGGUCAGCACAAAAAGGACAGUCUAGGAAGACUGGAGGUUCCUCUCUAUCUGCCCUUUCCAUGCAGGUACUGUGGUAAAGGUAAAGGGACCCCUGACCAUUAGGUCCAGUCGUGGCCGACUCUGGGGUUGCGGCUCUCAUCUCGCUUUAUUGGCUGAGGGAGCCGGCAUACAUGGCCAGCAUGACUUCUGGUGAACCACAGCAGCGCACUUAAACACCAUUUACCUUCCCACCGGAGUGGUACCUAUUUAUCUACUUGCACUUUGACGUGCUUUUGAACUGCUAGAUUGGCAGGAGCAGGGACCGAGCAAUGGGAGCUCACCCCAUCGCGGGGAUUUGAACCGCCGACCUUCUGAUCGGCAAGUCCUAGGCUCUGUGGUUUAACCCACAGCGCCGUACCUUGGUACUAAAACAGCUUGGCUCCCUAUGCCACUCACCUGGAAGUGAGUGUUCCGGUUUGCAAACGUUUUUCGGAAGCCGAACAUCCGACGCGGCUUCUGUGGCUUCCGAUUGAGUGCAGGAAGCUCCUGCAGCCAAUCGGAAGCUGUGCCUUGGUGGUUUUCAAACUGUUUCGGGAGUUGAACUGACCCCUGAAAUGGAUUAAGUUUGAGAACCAAGGUACCACUGUAUGUCAAUCUGCAGGGGCAGAUGAGUUGCAUCCCGUUGAUUCCAACUCUGUAUACUAGGUGUGCAUGCAGACUAUUCCCUUUAAAAGGUGGAGGUGACUGCAUUGCCACAAUUAUUUUGAGAUACUAAAAUGUAUCAACAACCACAACAAAUUGUCUUAAAAUAGAUGAAGAGGACUACUACUCAAAAUGUACACCAUGCAUUUAAAGCCCAGCAAAGUUAAAUGGGACUUACUCCCAGGUAGGGAUAGAACAGAAAUUCAAUUCAGUUUAUAUUUAAAGGCAAACCUAGCUAAUGUGCACUUUCUGGAAAAAAAUAUGUGAACCAAAGCACAACCGCACUUCUAAAUUUGCACUUCUCCGAAUUUUGCAAUGAAGUUCUCUGUCCAGCUAACGCGUAUCAAAAUGCAUACACGAAGGUAAAUUGUGCAUUUUAAAUGGUGCAUUAAAAAUUGUGCAUAUAUUAGUGAAAAUAACGUCAAAACCCAUGAUAUCAGGGGGAGUCACUUAGCAAAGAAUGUGUAUAUUAGGCAACAUUUCAUAUAAACGUGUGUGCCAGGAGAAAUUCGCUGAUGAAUGUUUGUGAGCACUUAAAAAAAGAAAAAAAUUGGAGAAUUGAAACCGACAGGAACUAUAAUUGACAGAUUUGCCUAUCCCUGGUGGUAGGAUACAAGAUUUGCAUGCAGGAAGUCUUAAGAAUAUUUUUUUAAAACCCCCCAAAUCCACAAUAAGACAAUGCCUUCAUUAGAACCAAACCAAAAUGCCACAAAAUAGUGGCAGGAUUUCAGGGCCUUCCCAAAGCUGGCUAAGCGAGUUGCCGUGUUUUGGGAAGGAGGCGUGGAAAGGAGGUGGAAAGAUUCUAGAAUCCUGUCAGAGGCCUCAUAGUAAAGUAAAGGUAAAGGGGCCCCUGACCAUUAGGUCCAGUCGUGACCGACUCUGGGGCUGCAGCGCUCAUCUCUCUCUAUAGGCCAAGGGAGCCGGCGUACAGCUUCCGCGUCAAGUGGCCAGCAUGACUAAGCCUCUUCUGGCGAACCAGAGCAGCGCACGGAAACGCCGUUUACCUUCCCGCCAGAGCCGUACCUAUUUAUCUGCUUGGACUUCGUGCUUUCGAACUGCUAGGUGGGCAGGAGCAGGGACCGAGCAACGGGAGCUCACCCCGUCACGGGGAUUCGAACCGCCGACCAUCUGAUCGGCAAGUCCUAGGCUCUGUGGUUUAACCCACAGCGCCACCCGCGUCCCUUUGUCAGAGGCCUCAUACCUUCUUUCCAAAGCCUAGUGGCUUGCUUACCCAGCUUUGGGAAGGCAGCCUGAGGCCUGCGAUAGGUGGGUGGGUGUGUCAAACGUCGCUGAGGGCCGCCGAAAAAGGCCUCAGGGUUGGGUCGCACAUUGGACCCCCCUGUCAUAGUAGCUCCCAGCACCCUUACCAAACAACAGCUCCCAGAAAAUGUGAGGGGGGGCAUUCGCUGCUCCCCACUGUACAGUUGCUGCUGGUCAGGGUAGAUUCCGUGCUAGAUGGACCAAUAAAUAACCUAAUUCAGUUUUAAGGCAAUUUCAUAUAAUGGAACUGGGCAGUGCUUUUUUCCUGGGGAGAUGCAGGGGUACGCAUACCCCUAAACAUUUUGUGAAUCUAAAUUUGGCCUCCUUGAGGGGCAGUAUUUCAAUAUGAGUAGGAAAAUGAGAGUACCCCCUAAACAUAUUUUUUUUAGAAAAAACGCACUGGAACUGGGAGGGAUCGAGUCCUAAGCGCAACCCCUUAUGGCAGGGGUCAGCAAACUUUUGCAGUCCCUCAGACCUUGUGGGGGGCCAGACUAUAUUUUGAAGGAAAAAUGAACGAAUUCCUAUGCCCCACAAAUAACGCAGAGAUGCAUUUUAAAUAAAAGGACACAUUCUGCUCAUGUAAAAACACCAGGCAGGCCCCACAAAUAACCCAGAGAUGCACUUUAAAUAAAAGGACACUUUCUACUCGUGUAAAAACACGCUGAUUCCUGGACCAUCCGUGGGCCGGAUUUAGAAGGCGAUUGGGCCGGAUCCAGCCCCCGGGCCUUAGUUUGCCUACCCAUGCCUGAUGGCAUUUGUUUUACGCCACAGAGCAACUUACUUGGUUAUGCUAAUUGUGGUGCUUAACUUGCCAGACAAAUGCACUAUCCAGACAAAUGAGCUGGUUUGGCUAGCUUGCUUUCAUACAUUCUACGUGGUCCCCCUGCCCCAGAUCACAGGUCUGGAAGGUGCAUGGGGUUCCGUUCAGACUGACCCUCCCCCAGUAUAACACAUGUUGACUUACCCUAUCGUUUUUAUAAAGCAUUGUUGCAAUGCUUGCUUAUAAAGUUUUUUGGGGGGGAACUUAAUACAGAGUUGAAAUAAAAGAUAAAAAUGCAUCACCUGUGCUUCCUCCGACUGUAUGGUGCUACCUUCCCAACAGAGUAGUGGUGGUGUCUGAAAAAGUGCACAAAGAUCAGGGAUCUUCCUAUUCUAAAAUAAAGCUGAGAAGAGAAAUAUGCAGGGCUUUCCCCCCCAGCCGGAACUCACUGGAACUCAAUUCUGACACCUCUCAGGUGGGCGCCAUUGCCAUUACAAGAGAACAAGGGAGGCAUUCAUAGUGAGUUCUGGCACCUCUUUUUCAUGAAAAAUAGCACCACUGUUGUUGCUGCGCCAGACCUCGCUGCUUCUCACUUCCUCCUCAGGCAAAAAACACAGUUCUAAUAGGUCCGGAUGGUGUGGGGGAGAGGAAUGGAGGGGCCUCUUUUCACUUAAAAGGUUCUGCUUUUCCCAGCUUAGCAGCUGCAGAGCACCCCAAAGCUCUAAUUGUGCACUGGUGACAUUCUCCGAUCACGCCGCCUCUUCCUUCCUUCUUUCCUUCUUGGGGCUGGAGAAUGAGCUGUGGUUGGUGGCAGAAGCAAAAGAAUAGAAGUCCAUUAAAAAGUCAGGGGCGAGGAGCACCAACCUGUCAUCCCCCCCAUGCAAAUAAAUGCCAAUGUAUAUGGGUUAAACCACAGAGCCUAGGGCUUGCUGAUCAGAAGGUCGACGGUUCGAAUCCCCGCGAUGGGGUGAGCUCCCGUUGCUCGGUCCCUGCUCCUGCCAACCUAGCAGUUCGAAAGCACAUCACGGUGCAAGUAGAUAAAUAGGUACCACUCCGGUGGGAAGGUAAACGGCGUUUCCGUGCGCUGCUCUGGUUCGCCAGAAGCAGCUUAGUCAUGCUGGCCACAUGACCUGGAAGCUGGACACCAGCUCCCUCGGCCAGUAAAGCGAGAUGAGCGCCGCAACCCCAGAGUCGGCCAUGACUGGACCUAAUGGUCAGGGGUCCCUUUACCUUUAUAUAGCAAAAGUCACCCCAAAAUUUUUUUGGGGGGGUGUUCCAGUGGCUCCAGGGGUGGUCCGUGCCUUAGGCGAGGCGAAGGCAUUUGAAUGAAAACUAGAAUUAAACACACACAACGUAGAAAUUUGGGUUGUUUCAUUCUCAUUUUCUGGGGAAGCAAUGUUGUUGGGUGGGUUAGUAACAUUUUAAAAUAAAAAAUUGUUUUAUUUAGAUAUAUCAGGGUACUGUCGUCAAGGUUUUAUAUCCUCACUCAAAGCUGAAAGGUUAAUAAGAAUUCCAAAUAGUAGCAUAUUUCACAAGAGGCAAUUUAACACAAUUGCCAUCAUUAAUAUAUAAAAUCAGAGUGUUUGUUGUGGGGGAGGAAGGGAAAGGAGAUUGUUAGCCGCUUUGAGACUCCUUAGGGUAGUGAUAAAGCGCGAUAUCAAAUCCAAACUCUAAACUCCAAACUCUAAAUAAAAUUUUGCCACAUUGUUGACAAUUUUUUGAUUGUCGUUUAGUAAUACCUUAAUUUCUUAGUUACUUUUUCAGCAGUAACUAUCUACCAACUUGACUAUACCAUAAAUCUUUCUUUCAUUCCUCUAAAUAUUUUCAUUUUGCUGCGAUAAGCAUCCUGGCACCUAACAAUAAAUAUAGAAUAAAUAUACCAAAUCAAUUUUCAUCUAAACCAUCUUCAUUCAGCCCAUCCCAUAUCCUCAGUAAUGCUAGAAACGUAAAUUGAAUGAAAAAGGACUACGGUAUUUGAAAUGAGGCAUGACAUUUUUUCCUUCUCCUCAUCUUAGAUAAAUCUUGACAGGACACAUGCGUACAUCAUCUAAAAAGAAAGAAAGCAUGUCUUGCUUCUGAACCAUGGUACUGUUUUUACUCAAAUGGAGAUUUAAUUGAUAGAUUAAGGAAUGAAUCAACUACAACUCAUACAACAAAUUCCAACAAUGAAUCGCCUAAGACUCCUUUAAUCAGAUGACAGCCCUAUGCAGUAAAAGGUGCUGGGGCUUGAUUGGUGCAUUUUAUGCAGAGCUCCUGGGAUGUCUUUGUCCAUUGUCAGGACUUGCUAAAAGCUUCCCUCUUUCAGCAAACAUCCUAAAUUGAGAUGUUUAUCCCAGUUGGGACCUGCCUUGGAUUUGUAUUGGUUUUAUGUAUGGGUUGUUCUUCUUUUGAAUUGUUUGUGUGUGUAUAUAAAAUAUUGUCAUAAACACUUAUUCUAUUUUUAUAUACGUCACUGCCUAUUAAAUUAUAAUCACCUUAGGAUGCCUUGUCGAAAAACAUCCAUAAAUGGAAUAAUAAUAAUAAUAAUAAUAAUAAUAAUAAAUUUUUAUACCCCGCCCUCCCUCCCUCCCUGGCCAGAGCCGGGCUCAGGGCAGCUAACACCAAUAAAAUCACGGUAAAAACAUAAUAGGGGAAAAAGAAAAGGACCAAUUUAAAAUACAGGUUAAAAUGUAAUUUAAAAUGCAGCCUCAUUUUAAAAGUAGCCGAUGAAUCAAGACCAAAAGGGGAGGGAAACAUAAGGGUCAGAAUGAGUCCAAACCAAAGGCCAGGUGGAACAGCUCUGUCUUGCUGACCCUGCGGAAAGAUGUCAAAUACCGUAUUUUUUGCUCUAUAAGACACACUUUUUCCUUCCUAAAAAGUAAGGGGAAAUGUGUGUGCGUCUUAUGGAGCGAAUGCAGGCUAUGCAGCUAUUUCAGAAGCCAGAACAGCAAGAGGCAUCGCUGCUUUCACUGCACUGCAAUCCCUCUUGCUGUUCUGGCUUCUGGGAUUCAAAAUAUUUUUUUUCUUGUUUUCCUCCUCUAAAAACUAGGUGCUUCUUAUGGUCUGCUGCGUCUUAUGGAGCGAAAAAUACGGUAAUACUCCUAACUUUCAAACUCUCACAUUGUCUUUCACAGAAGUUCAAAGAAGUCUCACAGUUAAUGUUCUUUGGUUCCAGGUUUUUCUGGUGACCCAAGGCUGAGCAUCCCAAAUCAGAGAUGGGCCGAAUGAGUCUCCUGCUUCCUUUCCUGGCUUUCAUUCUACUUCACACCCAAUGGGCAGCUGCUUACGGUUUCAGGAACUGCUACCAUUCCGAGUGGGAUCCAGGUUAUUUCAAGUGCAUGCAGCGCUUCCUGAAAGAUAUCUCCAGUGCCGUGAAGGACCUUCCCAACAAUGCCACAGUGGUCAAUGCAUCCCAUAAUUUCAUUCGGUUCUUGCCUUACGGGAGCUUCCAACACCUCCCAAAGCUGAAGGUCCUGCAACUGAGCUUCAACAAAAUGGAAGUGAUAGAAGGCGGGGCCUUCGAGAACCUGACAGACUUGAAGACCCUCAACCUUUCCUGCAACAGCCUUGUGAAUCUAUCCAAAGAUGUCUUCCUGGGUUUGCCAAACCUCACCUCCCUCAUCUUGCACCAUAACCAAUUGAGCAAAAUCCAAGAGGAUACAUUUAGUCCAUUUCAGAACCUCCUGGCGCUGCAGCUCCAUUUCAACAAGUUGGAGAACUUUGAAGAAGUAGUUCUGAGCUUAGUGAGACUGACAAGCCUGAAGGUGCUGAAUCUGUGUAACAAUAACCUGACCUCCCUGGAGUCUGAACCAAGACUGCCCACUUCCUUGUCUACUCUCCUGCUAUGUAACAAUUCCCUGCAUAGGGUGGACGUUAAGGAACCAGAGUUCCUGAGAAAUGUAAAAAAACUGGACCUUUCUUACAACAGGAUCUCCGAUGCAUCUUCUUUUGCCACGGUCCACCUCCGAAACCUCAGCAGCCUGGAGCUGAUGGGGAAUGGCCUAGACAUUUUCCGGCUCUUAAAAGUUUCUGACUUGCGGCCUUGGACCCUAAAUUACUCUGGGUUGCAUUUAAGUCAAUCCUAUCAGCUGCCCAAGUUGUGUGAGCAUCUCAAUGCAUCCAAUCAUUCCUUGUCUCUCCAUCUUCAGAGCAACAACAUCAGGAAUGUGAAUAGCGGCACCUUUGGGGCAUGCCCUCCCAUCCUGCUGCUGGACCUUUCAAGGAACCGUCUCAGGUCACUGGGAUGUGUAAGGGAGAAGAUGGGUUGGGUGGUACAAAACCAGCUGAAGACUUUGAUUGUGGAACACAACUUGCUGGACAAAUUAAAGUCCUGCUCUAAGACCGCUCCCUUAAAUGAGCUGACAACCAUCUCUUUCCGCUUCAAUCGUAUCCUUUCGGUAUCUGCUCAGGCAUUCUGCUAUGCCCCUAAUCUGGAGACGCUCCACCUCAACAUCAACAGCAUUGCCGUCCUGGACAGAAAUGCCUUGAAAGGAUUGCAACACCUCAGGGAGCUGCGCUUGGAUAACAACCUUCUAACAGAUCUCUACGUAACUAGUUUUGACGACUUGAAGAGCCUCAAGACCCUCAAUCUCCGAAACAACCAUGUUUCUGUCCUCUUCCCCGGUGUCUUCAAGAAUCUUGGGAGCCUUUAUAUUUUAGACCUCGGGGGGAACAACAUCCGUAGAUUGACCAACACAUCGUUUGAGGGACUGAGGAAUCUCUCUAAUCUCUAUCUGGACGGCAAUCAUAUUGAAUACAUUAGUCACUGGUUUUUUAAACCCGUGCAGAGCACUCUCCAGGUUCUGGACCUGAAAGCCAACAAGAUAAACUACAUCAGCAUGAAGCAACACAGCCAGCCUCCCUUCUUGAACCUGCACAAACUCUAUGACCUCAAGCUCCAAGGACAGCAACCUUAUGGCUUGAAAAUCAUCCCUGCCAAGUUCUUCCAGGGCCUGAGGUCCUUGCGCUAUCUCUACCUGUCAGAAAACAAAAUCCUCUCCAUUGCACCUGAUGUCUUUGAUGACCUAGGGCAGCUGAGGUAUCUAAGCCUGGCUGAUAGCAGUAACGGCAUGGGGAACCUUCCACCUGGCAUAUUCAAGAACCUUAGAAACUUGACUAGUCUGGACCUGGAGAACGCUGGCCUCCGCACGUUGACCCUGGAGGUCUUCGGCAACCUCAGCAGGCUGCGUGUCCUGCAAAUGGGGAAGAACGAGCUUCAGACGAUCAAUAGCAGCGUGAUGGAAAAGCUGACCUCCCUGAGAAACCUGGACCUACGCAAGUGCCCCUUGUCUUGCACCUGCGAUAACAUUUGGUUCCAGUUGUGGCUGAACAAUAGCCAGGUACAGGUGGUUUACCUGUACAACUACUCCUGCAAUUCUGGGCAGCCUAAUAGCUAUGUCUAUAGCUUUGAUACCCAUGUCUGCUUCCAAGAUGUGGGCGUGUACCUGUUCUUUUUCACCUUCCCGGCUCUCUUGCUGCACAUGGCGCUGCCGUUCCUCUACCACCGCACCUACUGGCGCCUGAAAUACCACUUCUACGUCCUUCGGGCAUGGGUCAGUGAUCACUGGAGGCACGGCAAGGACGACCACUACAAAUUCGAUGCCUUCGUCUCCUACAACUCCACUGACGAGAGGUGGGUGCUGGAGCACUUGGUGCCCAAUCUGGAAAAAGGAGGGGGUCCCGUCUUCCGUCUCUGCCUCCACCACCGGGACUUCCAGCCCGGGAAAUACAUUAUAGACAAUAUAGUCGACAGCAUCCACAACAGUCGGCAUACCAUCUGCGUGAUUAGCCGGAGGUACCUGCGAAGCGAGUGGUGCUCCAUGGAGAUACAGCUGGCCAGCUACCGGCUCUUUGAUGAACUCAAGGAUGUCCUUAUCCCUGUUUUCCUGGAGGACAUCCCAGAGCGGGAGCUCUCUGCCUAUCACCGGAUGCGGAAAGUGAUGCUAAAGAAGACCUAUAUUUCUUGGCCCGCAGAACCCGAGGCUCAGAAGCUGUUCUGGGCUAAAAUGCGAGUGGCUUUAAAGGGAGGGCACUCAGAGGAAAAGGAGGAAAGCAUUUAUUGGUUUGAUAAUGAAGGCAAACCCGUGGUGGAAUCAGCCUUCAAGGUGACGUAGGAAGGUGACUAGUCUGAAACGCUAGUUCACCUGGAACUCUGUUGUUGUUGUUGUUUCAGAAAAUGUUUUUUGGUUUUCAGAUCAAAGUUUUACAAUCACAUAUCCAAUAUACAACAUAAAAACAAGAUUCCAAAGGAUCUCUCGGACUUCCCUCCUCCCCUUUGUGGGUCCUGUUGUUAAUCAUUUCCUCCUGCAUCUUUUACGAUAAUCCAAAUAUUUUACAUCUCCAUUAUAUCCCAAAUUCACCAUUAAACUACAAGUGUUAUUCCAGUCCUACUAACUGUUUUAACUGUUUACAAUGGUUUUUAAAAUAAAUUAUAAAUUUCUCCCAUUGCUUAUUAAAAUUAUGGUCUUCC